UUUUAUCCGUCCGCUGUAUCCCAGCAGUAAGAAACUAAGGCAAAAAGAGUUAAACACUCUCUCGUCAAUUUCUUGUUCACUUCUCCACAAAAUUGACUCAUGACAUCUCCGAUCUUUAUCUUUCUUGACCGCUCAAAUACCAUCUCUUCGUCUUUCAUUCAUUUCUUUACUCGGUAUCCUCAAAAAACAAAAGAACAUAUUACAAUAUAUACGCAUAUAUGGAUUAUAUAUGGAGAGAGAAAGCACAGAGUAUGGGCAGACAUCGAGUCUCCUACUUACCAGAAUAAGCCCCGAUAUUAGCUGUGAUGGUGAGAGGCAACAGAGUAGUUACUUUUCCUCGCCUGCAACUGCUGUUGUUGUACUCAGCACCUUGGUCGCUGCGUCUGGCUCAUACGUUUUUGGCUCUGCUGUUGGAUAUUCAUCACCUGCUCAGUCUGGAAUCAUAGAUGAUCUUGGUCUCUCUUUGGCAGAGUAUGCUGUUUUUGGAUCAAUAUUGACCAUUGGAGCAAUGGUUGGUGCAGUAAUGAGUGGAAAGAUAGCAGAUCUCAUGGGACGGAGGGGUACAAUGGGAUUCUCGGAUAUUUUCUGUCUCAUUGGGUGGCUUGCAAUUGUAUUUGCAAAGGGUUCUUGGUGGCUCAACCUUGGAAGAUUGUCUUUGGGAUAUGGAAUUGGGCUUCUUUCAUAUGUGGUACCUGUAUACAUAGCAGAAAUUACACCUAAGGAUCUUCGAGGAGCAUUUGCGGCAGCAAUUCAGUUGAUGUCAUGUUGUGGCGUAUCUGUAAUGUAUCUCGUAGGAACUGUCAUCUCGUGGCGCACCUUGGCUCUAAUAGGGACUAUUCCAUGUAUGCUACAGCUUCUGGGUCUAUUUAUCAUCCCAGAGUCUCCGAGGUGGCUGGCAAAAAAGACUCGGGGUAAUGAUUGUGAAGCUGCUCUACAGCGCCUUAGGGGGAAUAAUGCCAAUAUCUCUGAAGAAGCAGCAGAAAUUAGGGAUUAUACAGAAACCCUUCAACGGCUAUCAGACUCUAGAAUGCUUGAAUUGUUCAGUCGGAAAUACACUCACUCACUCAUUGUUGGGGUUGGACUUAUGGUUUUGCAACAGUUUGGAGGAGUCAAUGCAAUUGUCUAUUAUGCAAGUGCUAUUUUUGUGUCUACUGGGUUUUCGAGUGGGACUGGGAGUAUAGCGAUGGUUGUUGUUAAGGUUCCAGUGACAUUGCUGGGUGUACUCUUAAUGGACAAAACUGGACGAAGACCGCUCCUUAUGGUUUCUGCAGCUGGAACCUGCUUGGGUUGCUUCCUUAUAGGAUUGUCAUUCUUAUUACAGGAUCUUCAGCUGUGGAAGGAUUUCAGUCCCAUUAUGGCGCUUGGUGGUGUAUUGGUGUUUACAGGAUCAUUCUCAUUAGGCAUGGGAGGAGUCCCGUGGGUUAUAAUGGCGGAGAUAUUUCCUAUGAAUGUGAAAGCUGAAGCUGGAAGCCUGGUGACAGUAGUUAACUGGUUUGGUACUUGGAUUAUUUCAUAUGCUUUUAACUUCUUAAUGGAAUGGAGCUCUGAAGGAAUCUUUUUCAUAUUUUCAAUCAUAUGUGCCUUAACCAUCCUGUUCGUUGCAAAGCUGGUUCCAGAGACUAAGGGGCGCACAUUAGAAGAAAUACAAGCAUCUAUGAAUUCAUUCAGAGCGAAAUGAGUAUCUUAGCAUCCUUGUAUAACACUAGAGUAUCUACGAAUCGGCCCCGGAGGGCAAAACAUACAUUUUACACCUCGAAUUGACUAGAGUAUUGGAUCGCGACGAAAUUUUAUGGGGACCUCUGUAUGAAUUUUAGGAAACUUUUGGGAUAAACCAGAGGUCUAGGGGAUCUACCACAAACCCACACAAGCUAAUGAGGAGGGCAGUG